UCCCCUCCCAGCUGUGGACCGAGCCCAUGAGCAACGCCGUGCUGUGGCAAGGGACCACAUAGCUGUGGCCUUGCGUGAAAGGAAGAGCGCUCAUUUGUGGAAUGCGAGAAACCUCCUCCGAUCGCAGUGAGAUGGGAAGCAGGAGAGGCGUGAAUGCCAGGAGAGAGAGGGAGAGUGAGAAAGGGGGGAGAAGAGAAACUUGAAGUGAAGCCCUGGUGCAAAGUGCAAGGCUCUGCCACCGUUUUAGCUGCGGUCCUGGAAAUAAGAUGAUCACCAAACAGAUUGAAGCAAAAGACGCCUGCGACUGGCUCCGAGCUGCUGGAUUUCCCCAGUACCCCCAGCUGUUUGAAGCAUUGCAGUUCCCCGUUGAUAUUGAAGUGGUGAAGAAUGACCAUGAAUUUUUAGACACGGAUGCCAUAGAAUCUCUGUGCAGACGAUUGAAAACGCUGAACAAAUGUGCAAUGAUGAAACUGGAAAUUGUUCGAGAUAGGAAAAAGAGCGACGAGUCUGAAGAUGAGGAGCCUUGCGCCAUUAGCCACAAGUGGACCUUUCAGCAGGACUGCAAGAGGUGGUCUCGAGUGGAGACCUUCGAACUGUUCCAUUCGGGAAGCCUCUCCCUGCCUGGCAGCCCCUGCUUGCAGACCAUGGACAGCGACGAGAUCAUGUUCGCGGAGCUGGUGGAGAUACAGGAGGUGUCAUCUAUCCAUAGCAGCAGUAGUAGUAGCAGCGGUGGAGUUGGUGAUACCACCAUCUUGCCAAAGCACUCCGUCCAAGCCUCGGGCUUCGACCCAAGCCGGACCUCCUCCAGAUGCUCCUCUGCUAAGUCACCGUCUGCCGACCCCUGCUUCAGUGGCCCACCCUCCCCCAGUGACUUCUCUGCUCUCGCCCGCGAUGGCAAGUCCUCCAAGCCAAAGGCCAAAGGUCUGCUGAAGAAGAUGGAGGGGUUUCGGUUGAGAGGUUGCGGCCAGCAGAAGAAGGGUGUCCACCCCAGGCAGCGGCCGAUCAUCGGCCAUCCCAUGCUGCAGGAGGGCUUUGGCCAAGAGAAGCUGAGGAACUUGAACUGCAUCGGCUUGGCCGAGAUGGAGGAGCAUCUUCUGGUCCAGAACCUGUUCUGCUCUUCGCCAGCCUCCCGCAGCAGCAGCGGCAGCACCAGCAGCCAGUCUGGCAACAGCAGCAGCGCGGUGAGCACGCCCAGCCCCGUCCUGAGGACGCGAGGCCGAACGCUUCGCCAAGGCGGGCAGUUCCCGGACAACGUCAAUCCCACCCUGCCGCCCGGUGGGUACCAACGGGACAACGGCGGUCCCCAAGCCGGAGGUGACCACCUGCUCUUCCACGUUCCGCGGGGCCACGAGCCGGGGACGUUCCCCAAAGCCCUCCAGCACGGCGCGGCCCCACCGGCCGACACCUCGGUCAACUGGAGGACCGGCAGUUUCCACGGUUACCAGAGGAGCGGGGCGGCGAGGCUCAGCGGGAGCGGCUGGCCGAAUCCCCCGGGUGCGCUGGACAAUCGGACGAGCAUUUACGACAACCUGCCUGGUGGCCGCGUUCCCCCGGGUGACGAUAACGGGACGGGCCUGGGGGACGAUGAUGACGUGUUCACGGAGUUGGACGAGGUGGUGGGCCACGUGAACGACCUCCAGGGGCUGGUCGCCAAGUGGGCAGAGAAGUUUUCCGACGAUGGCGAAUCGGACUCUGCGAAUGACUCCACAUCUCCCUACCCUUCUUCUCCAAAGGACAUCCACUUGGAGAUCGAGAAACACCUCGGGAGGGCACACGGGGAAACGACUCCCAACGUGGCUGACAAGUCGGCCGGUGAAUUAGAUGCCGCAGACGUUCAUUUUGACAGAGACUCUGGAGUCGGCUCAUCUCUGAAGCUCCCUAGCAGGCGGGGGAGAGACUGCUGGCCCAGUGAGAAGAACAUGAAUCAUCAGAACCUCCAUCUACACAUCGAUGGCCAAUCUGCUGCCCAGCUCAACCUACUGCAGAAACUAGCUCUCCUGAAGCUGACUGCCCUGAUGGACAAAUACUCCCCCUCCAGCAAGCAGGGCUGGAUCUGGGCUGUUCCGAAGUUUAUCAGGAAGAUAAAGGCCCCGGAUUUUAAGGACAGAGUGGUAUUUGGGGUACCUCUGCUGCUCAACGCCCAGCGUACAGGACAUGCGUUGCCAAGAGGGGUUCUGCAGGCCAUGCGUUUCCUGCGGUCACAUUGCCUCGACCAGGUUGGAUUAUUCAGAAAGUCUGGAGUGAAGUCAAGGAUCCAAGCACUACGGGAGAUGAAUGAGAAUUGCCCUGAUGGUGACUACGAGGGCCAGUCUGCGUUUGAUGUGGCUGACAUGGUGAAGCAGUACUUCCGUGACCUCCCUGCACUCUUCACUACAAAGCUCUCCGAGUCGUUCCUUCACAUAUAUCAGUAUUUGCCAACAGACCAGCGAUUGCCCGCGGUCCAAUCCGCCAUCUUGCUCCUCCCAGAUGAAAACCGUGAGGCUCUGCAGUCUCUCCUGUGCUUCCUCUGUGACGUCGUGGCUUGCGUCAACGAGAACCAAAUGACUCCCACCAACCUCGCCGUCUGCCUGGCCCCAUCCCUCUUCCACCUCAACACACUGAGAAGGGAAAGCACUUCCUCGAGGGUGGGCCAGAGGAAAUACAGUCUGGGCAAGCCAGACCAGCGGGAUCUGAGUGAAAACCUGGCAGCCACACAAGGGUUGGCACACAUGAUUGCAGAGUGCAGUCAACUCUUCCUGGUCCCUGAGCAGUGGGCUGGGAGAAACGUGAGCUACAGUCAGCGUGUCCAUGGAUUGCACGACUCUGAGUGGCAUCGGCAUGUCAAGACGGCACUGACCAACUCAUCCCUGGGCCUCCUGAAGGAAGCGAAGGAGAAGUUUAGAAGCUGGGUCAGUUGCUGUGGAUUGGAACAUGUAGAAAUCGCAUACAAGAAGAUGGACGACAAUCAUCCUUUGCGCUUGUGGAAAGUGUCCGUUGAUGUGGAGAAGUCACCAGGGGAGAUACUGAACCGUCUACUGCGGGACCACCAGCUUUGGGAGAAAGACCUGCUCCACUCGAAGGUGGUCGAGACGCUGGGCGAUGAGACUGAGAUAUAUCACCACACCAUCAGAAGCACCUUCCCCCACCCACACAGAGAUUACGUUGUUUUGAGAACCUGGCAGACUGAUUCCCAAACUGGAUUGUGUGUGUUAGCUGCCACAUCUGUGGAUGCCAAAGAACUUCCUUUGCAAGGAGUCCAAGCAAAUGUCAUCACAUCUCAGUAUCACAUAGAACCUGUGGGAGCCUCAAGAUCUAAACUCUCUCACAUCUGUCGAAUAGACACAAGAGGCCGGACUCCAGAAUGGUACAACAAAGUAUUCGGCUAUCGUUGCGCUGCUGAACUCCUCAAGAUUAGAGAUUCCUUCAGUGCGUCCGACACUGAACUGCGAGAAACAAAUAUAUGAGCAUGUAAACUGAAAGAACCGCAGAUGCUGGAAAUCUGAAUUCGAAUCGGAAAAUGCUGGAGAUACGCAGCUGGUCAGGCAGCAUCCAGGGAGGAAGAAACUGUUUAAUGAUUUGGGUCCAGGAUUUUUUUUCCCCUCUUCAGAACUGAAACGUUUACCAUGUUUCCCUUAUUUUCUACGUUUCAUGAUGGAAAUGCUAUUCACUUUAAUGGCUUGCUUGCGAAAUGGUUAAACCAAUGUGAAAAUGUGUUUUUGAAAAAAUGCAUGCCAGAACAUCGUGGAAAAACAACAAUAAUCAUUGCAAGAGCGGGGCCUCCAUGGGUGGGAACCCAGCGGGUUUAACACUGGUUUUUAAUUUGCUGGGCUGUUUCUGGACAACAGGUGGUUGGGGGAUGGAGGGGGGGGGGAAGGGCUGGUGGAUGGGGCGGUAAAGAGUUGCGUGCUCAAUGUUCAGUUUUGAAGUUCGUGGGUGUCUUUUCUUCAAAGCAUCAGGUAACAUCUAUGUCUAACUGGAGUGUAUUGAUGGUGAAACGUUGUCCCAAGUGCGUGUAGGUUGUCCAUCCAUUUUCCCCGCCCUGUUUGCCGUGUAGUAGCAAUUCUUCCAACUUGUUUCGGUUAUCCAAAGGGAAAUAUUGAAAUCGCUCGAGUUACGGACAGUCCGUGAGGGAUUGGCACAUGAUCCUCGUCGCAAGCUUUGUCCCAAGUGCUUGUAGGUUGUAGCCCAGUUCCCCCACUAUUGUGUUUCUUCCAACUCCCCAAUGGUAAAUAUUGAAAUCACUCCAGUUACAGAUAGUUGGUCAGGAGUUCGAUCCUCAUUGCAAACUAUGUCCCAAGCGCUUGAGAGCAGUCCCCACAUCCAGUGUGGUAGCAUUUCUUCCAACUUGUUUUGGUAUUCAAUGGGAAGUCAUUCCAGUUGCGGAUAGUUGGUCAGGAGUUUGCCAAACUGCUCGCUUGUAACGCUGGUCACUUGCUGUCGUCCUGGUCUUGUGCAAGAACGUUGAACAUGGUCUUAUCAGAGAGAGAGAGAGAGAGAGAGAAAGGCCAUGGCAGAAGCCCAGAGCUUCCUCAGGAGGCUGAGACCGGUUGCCCUCCCAAUCAGACGACAAUGUCUAAAACCUAGCCUUUUGAGUCUUAGCUUAUCACUAAACCCACAGAGAACACCGUCUCUGCUGGCACGAUUUAAUCUCUACACAUGAGAAAAGAUGCUAAGAACUUUGCACUUUUAUAUUUGAAACUCUUAUUCUCAAUGUGUAAUGAAUUGUGGCUCAGAAAAUCCACCGCGGUCGGUCCCCGUAAAUAUUUUAACUUGUCCCGUUUCCCAGACCCCCAUCUCUGAAAUGUGCUAAUUUAACAAUCCAUUACGUUUGCUUUGGAGAUUUGAGUACACAUUAUACAAUGGUAAAGCCAAUAACGCAAUCCCUUUCAUUAAGCAGGGUGUCAUAGUCUGAAGGGCCGUCUGGUCUAUCUGCAUUAACUUUGACUAAUGUCACUAAGCAAUGAAGCUGGAGGUCUUCUGUUUUAUUUGGCAGUUACUCGUUAUCACUUACAAGAUUAAAAACUUCAUUAAUGUGGCCGUAAAAUUAAUUUAAUUUAGCAGUGACAUGGUAUCCCCCCCCCCCCAUCAGGAGAGGUACACUUUUUAUGGACUACUAUUAAUGACUUGGGGAAACUACAUCUUCAGAAAAUGAAAGUCUUGUGUGCCUGUUCCAAAUGUGUAUUUUAAUUGUGCUAUUAACUUGGGAGAAUGAAAAGUAAUGAUGGAAAUCCACAAAUUAGUUGUCAGGCAACCAAUGAGACAAGCAUGCAACAGAGGCUUUGAGUAAGAUGGGUGAGAUAAACAAAUUCUAGACGUGAAGAAUGUCAAACAUUUGGUGUUGUCCAAUGUAACAAGUUACUGGGUUUGUUUUUUAAGAUUCUAAGUUAAAAUCUCAACUUAGAUUUGAAGUUAAGAUUGUAACUCGAAUUAAGAUGGUAUGGUGACAAUUUACUUUAGAUCCUGAAUCCUGAAGGGCUUGUCUGACUUGGG